UUGACUCCGGUUUCUCCUAAUCCAAUCCGGUACGUAAGUCCGGUUUGAUUAAAUUAGUAAUUAAAAUUACAAUAAUGACCACGCGUAACCGCCAUAAAUAGAGGGACGCGAAUCAAACGGAAUCGGUGAAUCUUUCAACAGAAACGGAUUAAUUAACACACACACACACAAACGCAUCUCUCUCUCUCUCUCUAAACAGUUUCUUCAACUUUCUCUCUCUAACAGCAAGUCAUGGCGGCUACUGGAAGAAGAUCAAACGGCUCUUCAGUUCUAUACCCUCACUCUUCAUCCCAUCGUCAUCAAAGAUCGGCGUCUCCAUGCAACAACAUCAACCUCCGUCUAAAGAGGUUCUCCCUCGGAAACAACCCUCCCUCCUCCUCCGCCGUUCGGAAGUGCUCGUGCUCUCCGACGACGCACCCCGGAUCGUUCCGCUGCGGCUUUCACCGCCGAUUGGAGAACGAGAAGAGCAAAGCUUUGUCGAACAAGUCGAAGAGUGGUGAUUCGGGGCUGUAUCUGAGAAAAUUGGCUUUGGUGAAUUCGCUGGCGAGGAUCGGGAGCGUGGAGGCGGAGCGGUUUAGGAAGUAUCUGACGGAGAGUAUUGUUAAACCGUCGUCUCUACUUAUCCGUCGUCGUUUUGAGUUCAGGCCACGGCUUAGCCGAUUCUAUGGGAUGCAUAAAGAUCCGAAGGAUUAGAAUAAAUAGUAAUAAUCUAGGUUUUUUUUUUUAAUUUGUUUCUUGCGUGUGAAGGAACUAUGUUUUGGUGUUCCUUGGCGCGGUGUAUCGAAGUUUGUGUGCAAUGUACAUGAUGAUGACAUCACUAGGACGUGUUCUUGAUUUGGUUUCUUAAUUUUUUUCAUUAGAAACUUUGUUGAUCUGAGUCAUUUAAACUCUGAUCAUCUACGUUCGCUAAGCUUUACGUUUUCACUUUUGGUAUGUCUGAGUCAGUCUGACGAUGAAGUUUCCAUUUUUUUUAUUUAUACAAUGAGAGAUACACUAAGUACAUGCAGUCAUUAAAUGAUGAUUCAACUUUUGUUGAACACCCCAUGUAUAAGACACAAAAGGAAAGAAGAGAUACUGAGAAUCAAGGAUCUUGUCGAGUUUUUUUCUAUAAUUAAUUAGAUAUUUCUUCUUGAGAAUCGUUUCGUUGUCACAUACACGUAGACGUAGUUAAUGAUAAGAUUUUGUAGCUUUGUUGUAAUUUGAGACUUGACAAAAGUACAGUAUAUAGAUUCUAUCUUUGGUAGUAUAUUCAUGAAUCAUGAUAGGCGUACUGUAAUCUAUAAAAUGUGGGCAAUGUCCAACUGGAUUUUCAUGGCAUGACCUUCGCAUUUUAUUACAGAACAAACAAGCUUCUAUCUUGUAGUAGAUUAACCAUUAACUUGCAAAUGGAAAUGUAAUACAACCAGGGGCGAAUCCAGGAUGUAUAAUGACUGGGUGCACUCUUUAUAAUAAAAUAGAAACAUGUCAAAAGGUAGAAUUGAACCUUGGUUGUUAUGGGUGCACACCAACAUUUUUCCAUCUGUUCUAGCUGAAAUUUAUUGUUUCUAUACACGAAAAUUACAUUAUCA